AUGGAGCCCGUUGCAAUCAUUGGGCUGGCGCAUCGCUUCCCAGGAGGUGCCAACACACCCGCCAAGCUCUGGGAGGUACUGAACAGCAGACGAGACCUAUCUGGAGAACCAGAUCCAGGUCGUCUCAACCUUGAAAAGUUCUACAACCCGAACGGCGAGCACCACGGCAAGUCAAACGUUACCAAAUCUUAUUUCCUCAAGGAGGACCCUCGGCUCUUUGACACGACCUUCUUCAAUGUCAGUCCUCUGGAGGCGGAGGCCAUGGACCCGCAGCAGAGACUUCUCCUGGAAACAGUCUACGAAGCCGCCGAAUCCGCCGGCACGCCCAUUGAAAAGUUGCGGGGCUCGCGGUGUUCGGUGUUCGUUGGCGUGAUGACGGCCGACUACGAGACGAUCCAGUACCGCGACACGGAAGACCUGUCGCAAUACGCUGCAUCGGGCACAUCGCGCGCCAUCCUGGCUAACCGAAUUUCAUACUUCUUCGACCUUUCCGGGUCGUCGAUUUGUCUCGACACGGCUUGCUCGUCAUCCCUCGUCGCAAUGCACCUCGCGGUCCAGGACCUCCGCAGCGGCACAGCAGAGACCGCCAUCGUCGCGGGCGCCAACCUCAUCUUUGGGCCUGACAUGUACAUCAGCGAGUCGAAACUGAGAAUGCUUUCGCCGACGGGGAAGUGCCAGAUGUGGGAUGCCAUGGCAGACGGCUAUGCCAGAGGAGAGGGCGUGGCGGCGCUGCUGCUCAAGCCUUUGAGCAAGGCUCUGAGGGACAAUGAUCCCGUCCAAGCCGUUAUUCGCCAUUCGGGUGUCAACUCUGACGGCCGAACGCCGGGGAUCACGAUGCCCAGCGCCAUGGCACAGGCUGAACUGACGAGGGAGACGUAUCGAGCCGCAGGGCUGGAUCCGUCAAAGGUCGAAGACAGGUGUCAAUACUUUGAGGCACAUGGCACAGGGACCCAAGCUGGUGAUCCCGCGGAAGCCAAAGGCAUUUUCGAGAGCUUCUUUCCAGCCGAGGUUGCCACGGACGCACAGGUGAGCUCCCUCUAUGUGGGGUCAAUCAAGACAGUUGUUGGCCAUCUGGAAGGCUGCGCCGGUCUGGCGGGUGUCAUCAAAGUGCUUCUCGCAAUGAAGCACAACACGAUACCUCCGAAUCUGCACCUAAGAUCUUUGAACGAAAAGAUUCAGCCCUACCGGCACGCUCUCAAAGUUCCCACAAAGCCUACCCCCUGGCCCAUGAGGAUGAAUGGGCAGCCCAAGCGUGCAAGUGUGAACAGCUUCGGAUUUGGAGGAACAAACGCACAUGUCAUUCUAGAAUCCUAUGAGCCGAAGUCAGAAUUCCAGCCUCUGGCAGAUGGAAGUCUCUCCCGUGAACAUUUCACCCUGCCGAUUGUCGUCAGCGCUCACUCCCAAACCUCCUUACUCGAAAACAUCCGACAACUAGCCACAUACAUUCACGAAACCCCGACUGUGAGCCUCGAUGACCUAGCAUGGAGCCUGUGGGAGCGUAGGAGCAGACUCGGCUUCCGAAAGUCAUUUCAUGCGACGUCAAGAACGGAACUUUUGGUAACCCUCGAGAAAGCCAUCGCAGAUUCCGCUGGCGCGCAGCCUUCUCUGGGAACGCCAGCCGCAGCCCUCGUUUCCCCUACCGAGGGUCUUGGAGUCUUGGGGAUUUUCACUGGACAAGGUGCACAAUGGCCUGGCAUGGGCAAGGAUUUGCUAACGCACAGCCCUGUGUUCAGAGCAGCCAUUGAGGACGCCGUCGUCGGCCACUCGUCGGGCGAAAUCGCUGCGCUCUACGCCGCCGGCAUCCUCUCCUUGUCCGACGCCAUCCGCGUCGCCUUUUACCGAGGUCUCUACGCCAAUCUAGCAGGCAAGGGCUCCAUGAUGGCAGUGGGAAUCAGCGGCAAGGCUGCAGAAGACUUUUGCCGCGAAGAAACGUUCAAAGGCAGGAUCUGCCUAGCGGCGAAGAACUCUCCCUCUAGCGUCACCAUCUCCGGCGACGUUGACGCAAUCCAAGAGGCCAAGGAGGUUUUCGAUAGCAGGAAGAUAUUCGCUCGCCUGCUCAAGACCGACAAGGCUUAUCACUCCCCGCGCAUGGAGGCGUGCUCCGAGGCCUACCUGACGGCUCUGCGGGAAUGCGGAAUCUCACCCCUGCAAACGACAAAGAAAUGCGUGUGGAUUUCAAGCGUGGACGGAACGGCGGAUCGUUACUGGGAGCGAAACCUCAAUGAUCUCAGCGGGCCGUACUGGAUCGACAACAUGGUGAAGCCUGUUCUCUUUUCAGAUGCAGUCACGACGGCGUUGACCAACGGCGGGCCGUUCGACGUCGCUAUCGAGGUUGGACCACAUCCCGCAUUGAAAGGACCCGUGAACCAGAUUGUAAGGCCACAUCUGGGAAAGCAGCUCCCGUACUGUGGAAGUAUGAACCGAGACGAGGACUGCGUGGUCAGUAUGAUGCAGCUGCAGGGGUUCUUGUGGUCUCACUUCAACGGAAACGCGCUUGCACUCGAUGGGUACGAACGCUGCUGGCAUGAUGUAGUUCCCACGCACAAGAUAGUCGACGGCCUACCCCCUUACUCCUGGGACCAUGACGCGCCCAUUUGGCGUGAAUCGAGGAUCUCUAGCAACUAUCGACUACGCUCUAGCGAAAACGAGAGCAUCCUGCUUGGCCGUCGGUGCCCCGAUGACUCGGACUGGGAACCGCGUUGGCGCAACUUCCUGAGUCUCAAGGAGCUGCCGUGGCUUCGUGGCCAUUCGUACCAGGGAGAGGUGCUGUUUCCCAUGGUUGGCUACGUGGUCAUGAUGCUCGAGGUGGCGCAGCUCCUCAGCAGCGGCAAGCCCAUGGUGCUAAUCGAGAUCAAGGACCUCAACCUCGAGCGACCAGUCAAGGUGGAAGAGGGGCCAAGACUUGUCGAGAUAUUGUCAUCGGCCCGAGUGACGCACAAGGACGAAAUGAAGAUUGAGGCCGAGUUCUCAUCUUACGUGUGCUCGGAUGCAAGUACAGGCAAGGUAGACCAGACCUGUCGUGGAAGCAUCUCGGUGUCGUUUGGUGGCAUCGAUAACGAUAUCUUCCCGCCACGAGCUGAUCCGUUGGCCACAACGGUGCCGCCCGUCGAGGUUGAGCGAUUUUACAACUCAUUGAGGGAAAUUCGGCUGGAAUAUGGAGAUCUGUUCAAGCGUCUCAACUCGUUACGCCGUGUCGAUGGCAUCGCCACCGCAACAGCGUCCUGGUUCGUUGACGAGAUUGAAUUCGGUAAUCUAUACCACCCUGCAAUGAUGGACAACGCACUGCAACCGGUAUUUGCUGCCUUCAACGCCCCUACGGCCGAGAGACUCUGGACAGCGUACCUCCCUCAGAGCUUGGAGAGGAUCACUGUCGACCCGAGGCACCGUCUUGUCCCAUCUUCCGGCGGCCAAAUCGAAAUUCUCAUCGACGCCUUUUCCACGGAGUUGUCUGCAACCAAGAUCGGUGGUGAUGUCAGCGUCUACUCACCCCACAGUGACUCCAAGACGCCGUUUCUCCAGAUCGAGGGGAUGACGUUAGCAGCUCUCAGAAGACCAGACGCCUCAAACGACCGUAUCCUUUUCGCAGAGACAAAAUGGGAAGCAGAUCUCCUGGGGGGCGCCGAGUUUGAAACUGAUUACAACCCGCCGCAAGAUGUUGCCGUUGAAGAGUCUGAGCGCGUUGCCCUGUUCUUCUGCCGCAAGCUAUUGGCGGAGGCGAGCGAGGUGGGAGCCGAGAACCUGAAGGCUCAUGAAAAGAUGAUGUUUGAGCAACUCACAACCCUCGCCAACACUGUCGAGAAGGGAUCCCACAGCCACUGGGCGAAGGACACGAGAGAGACGAUCGAUGCCAUUCUUGAGAGGAACCGGGACCAAGUUGACUUUGAGCUUCUUCGAAUGGUGGGGGAUGAAGCCGGCAGCGUGUUCCGCAACGAGAAGCAGAUGGUCCACGUCCUCUUCGCCGACGACAAACUCAGCCAUUUCUACCGCAAAGGUCUGGGUCUUCGCAACACCCAGCGUCAAGUUGCGGCCUACAUGAGCGCCAUAUCGCACCGGUAUCCGAAGGCGAACAUCCUCGAGCUCGGGGCCGGAACUGGUGCCACGACCUCGGCCGUCUUCGACACCAUCGGCGACCGCUUCGGUUCUUACACCUUCACCGACGUGUCGUUCGCGUUCUUCCCCAAGGCCCAGAAACUGUUUGCGAAUCACCUACACAAGAUGUCUUUCAAAAGACUGGACAUUGGGACGCCGUUCGACGAGCAGGGUUUCGAUGUCCCGUCGUACGACGUCGUCAUCGCUGCGAACGUCCUGCACGUGUCGGACGACAUUGAAGCUGUGCUUCGUCGCGUCAGGGGGCUGCUCAAGCCAGGCGGCUUCCUCGUCGUAGUCGAGCCGACGUCAGACGACCUCAGAAUCCAAGUCAUCAUGGGCGGCCUGGAGGGUUGGUGGCUCGCACGCGACAAUUGCCGACGGUUCGGACCGGUCGCCAGCAUCGAGACCUGGGACGAAAAGCUCCGCAACGUUGGCUUCACAGGCGUCGAAAAGUUCAAGAAUGAUCAGAAGGAGGAUCAUCUGCACACGUUUACCACAUUCGUCAGCCAAGCCACUGAUCGCACGAUCGAUGCCCUUCGGGAGCCACUCGAAAACUCCCACAUGGUACCCGGUUUCGUUCCGUUCACCCUCGUUGGCGGCUCUACAUUUCCCAUGUCGAAGCUUGUUCGCUCCGCCAGAGACAAACUCAGGGCUUUGGGGAACGACGUUGUUCAUUUCCCUGACUUUCGGAGUGUGCAGUCUGCCAAUGUACCCGCAAGCUCUAUGGUUCUCUGCCUCUCUGAGAUGGACCAGCCAACCUUCAAGAGCGAGGUCGACGAUGCGGUUUUGUCUGGAUUCCAAAGCAUUAUCCAGAAGGCUCGGGGGGUAUUAAUCUUCACGAGAAACGCGGCAACGUCUAACCCUUAUUCAAACAUGUUGGUUGGCUUGUGCCGCGGACUGCGCGCCGAGAAACCUCGCCUGGGAAGGUUCAUCCAGAUCAUGGACAUUGACGGAGAUACCAAGCUUGACGCCAACACAGUACUGCAGUAUUUUCUUCAGCUGGUGAUGGCUGCCACUCAAGACACGGGGUCAGACGAGAGACUCUGGUCUUUGGAGACCGAGCUCUGCCUAAAGAAGAAUGAACUCUUCGUUCCACGGAUCAAGGAGUACCAAGAUGCCAACGAGCGCACCAAUUCGGCCAGAAGACGAAUCGCCAAGGACGUGACAUCGGAAACCCACAUAAUCGAGGUCACCCAAGCAGAAAAGUCAAUCGCAGUGAGGGCUGGUUUCAAGCUCGUUCAAGACAGGCCUGGACUGGACCCGGUUGAGAACGCUUUCUCCUGCUUGACACCCAUCAAUCUGCUGCCUUUCGAAGCGCCCCAAUAUCUCUGCGUUGGCACACGCCAGGGAAGCUCCGAGGCUGUCAUCGCAUUGUCUCCUGAAAACUCGUCGGUGUUCCAAGUUUCAGGCGACCGAGUUCUCUCCGCGAGCGUCGCCCCCCAUGCGGUUGCACUCCUGUCCGCCGUGUUGGCCGCACAGGCUUGGCUACGGUCAGUGCCUCGAGGCUACGCUAUAUGGCUACACGGGGUGAGCGAUAUGGAAAGAAGCGUUCUGGAAUUCGAGGCGAAGAAGAACGGAGUCACGGUAUUUGCAAGCUCCCCCAAUGACGCGACCCGUGAUGGCUUCAUCCCGCCGCGGGCCCCAACGCGCAUGCUCAAGGCGCUCGUGCCCCGCAAGGCUGCAGCGAUUGUGUUCGGAGACUCAGUCAGUGACGAAGAGGCGUCCGAAGUCCUCUCCAGGGUGUCGUUGUUUCUUUUGGUGCGCAAGCCCUCUGGUGGACGUUUCUGGCAUUGCCCUGCAACCCAGCCCGAAAGACCGAUUUCUCAGCUUCUCGAAACUGCGUACGCGUCCACGAUUGAGUUGAACGGGCUGUCCAAAGAUCAGACAGAUAUUGUGAAGAUCGGUGACUUGGGUAGAAUCGCCGUGAACGCAUCCACGACCGUCAUCGACUGGAGGCAGGCUCAAAGUGUCCCGAUCCGGGCGGAUCUACAACCCAUCAAGCCCGAGCAGCUCUUCAAGUUCGACAAGACCUACUUCAUGGUGGGUCUCACCGGCGACGUCGGUGUCUCCAUAUGCCGGUGGAUGAUCAAGCACGGCGUCCGAUAUGCCGUGCUGGCAAGUAGGAAUCCCAAAGUCAGUCAGACGUGGAUCGACUCCAUGGCAAGGCUGGGCGCCAAGGUUCUGGUCAUGGCCAUGGACGUGACCGACCCGGGCAGCAUCAAGAAAGCCGUUGAUGAGAUUGCCCGAACGAUGCCUCCCAUCGCAGGUGUUUGCAAUGGAUCAAUGGUGUUGUCGGACAAACUCUUCAUGCAGAUGGACACGGAGUCUCUGCACACUGCCCUCCGACCCAAGGUCAAUGGCAGCCUCCACCUCGACCGUGCUUUCUCGGGCCAAGACCUCGACUUCUUCAUCAUGCUCUCGUCAACCGGCAGCGUUAUAGGAACCCCCGGCCAGUCCAACUACCACAUGGCGAACAUGUUCAUGGCUGGGCUUGCUGCCGACCGGAGACGCAGAGGCCUAGCCGGGUCCGUCAUUGACGUCGGCAUGAUCUCGGACGUGGGAUAUGUCACCCGCCAAGAUCCCAACGUCGUCAAGAAGCUGCAGGCCAUGUGCGUCCACGCUCUCUGCGAGACCGAGGUCCACGUCAUGUUCGCAGAAGGAAUCCUCGCCGGUCGUCCGGACUCUGAUUCACGCAGCGAGCUCAUCGCCGGUCUGGCAAUCAGCGACAACGAAGUUGAGCGGCCUUUCUGGUCCGACGAGCCCCGGUUCGGUUUCUACGUCACGGAGAAGCGGGACUCGGCUACCGAGAAGGUCGGCCCCUCGGCUCUCGAAGACCUCCGGGCCGGCCUGCACUCGGCAGCCGACGAGGAGACCGUCUUCGCCAAGAUCCGAGAAGCUUUCGCCCAGAGACUGGAGAGUCUUUUGCAGCUCCCUCAAGACGGUGCCAAGAUGAAUCUUCCUCUGGUCAGUCUUGGCCUGGACUCGCUUCUCGCGAUGGAAGUCCAGACCUGGUUCCAAAAGGUGGUCGGCGCCGAAGUCAGCGUCCUUGACAUUUUGGGUGGCGCUUCUGGGGAUUCCCUCUGCCAAGCGGCGGCAGCUCCCAUCUUCGCCAACAAACGCAGCAGUCCAGCAAAGAUGGAGGAGGCUCCGAAGACCGAUACCCAGCCUGACCUCAAAACAACCCAGCCGAGUGCACCGGUCCCAGAAGUGGAUGGCCCACCGAUGCCGGACACACCAGACGGAUCACAUCCAGUGCCAACUCCCAUGACAGCCGACGGUAGCGAGUGGGGAGACGAGCAGACGGGCGGCUUGUACAGCGAGCGCAAUAAUAUCCAAUCAGUCGUCCAGCGGAGAGCGCAAAUGUCCUUUGCGCAAGCCCGGUUGUGGUUUCUUCAGGGGUUCCUGGAAGAUCCGACGACCUACAACGAGACAUGCGUGUACGAGCUGCGCGGAGCUUUGGAUAUUGACCGUCUGAGGAAUGCCUUCCGCCAGGUGACCUGGCAUCACGAAAUUCUGCGCACCUAUUUCUACACGGACUCGUCGACUGGUUUGCCGAUGCAAGCCGUGACGGCCACGUCCGCAUGUCUCUUCAAAUUCGUGGACGGCGCAACGGAUGCCUCGACUGCGCAGGAGUUUCAGAACAUGAAGGCAAGGAAGUGGAACCUCGAAGAAGGUGUCUGUCUAGGACUGGUCGUCCUCCGACACGCAAAGAACCGACAUACUCUCAUUCUUUCCAGCCACCACAUAACUAUUGAUGGCGUCACAUGGAUCCUUCUCCUCAGGGAUCUUGCGCGAGCAUACGAAGGAAAGCCCCUGCCCACGGUCCCGCAGUAUGUCGACUUUGCAGUCAAACAGCGGUCGAUGGUCGAGCAGGGAGCCUGUUACGAAGAGACCCAAUUCUGGAGGAAUGAGCUUGCGGGCCUUCCAGACGUCAUACCCGUCUUUCCCAUGUCGCACACAAAGUCUCGCAAGGCGACGAACCAGUACGCCACCACCGUCGUCGAUACGGUGUUGCCCAAGGAACUGGUCUCCAUGAUCAAGCAAACCAGCAGCCGUCUCCACGUCACGCCGUUUCAUUUCCACUUUGCCGUGCUGGCGUCGAUGGUGGCCCGCCUCUCCCAGGUCAACGACUUCUGCAUAGGGACCGUUGACACGGGAAGAUUGGGCACCGAAUUCUCGCAGACGGCGGGGUGUUUCAUCAACAUCGUCCCCGUCCGGGUCAACGUGGGAGAGGCAGACUGCUUUGAAGCUUUCUGCAAGAAGGCUUCUUCGAAAAUCCUGGCUUCUCUGAGGAACUCGGCGAUUCCCCUGGACGCUCUGCUCGAUGAGCUACAUGUCCCCCGCACGACGCGGCACAGCCCAAUCUUCCAAGUCAUCAUCAACUACCGGCUCGGGGUUCUGGGACUGGAUUCCAUCGGCGACGCCGCAGUCACGUACGUCCAGUCUCAAAGCUCGGGCAAUCCGUAUGACCUGGGAGUCAACAUCACCGACACUCCGGACGGCACAUGCCUUCUGCACGUCGCAGUACAAGACGCCCUGUAUUCCAAGGAGGCCGCGCGGACAAUCCUGGAAUGCUACCGAUGCUUGCUGGAGUCCGCCUGCGCGGCCCCGCAAGCCGAAGUUGCCGAGCUUCCCAUGUACAAGUCUUCCGCGCCGAAACCUAUCGGCGAGCGAGAUGGGCAGGGUUUGACAGGAAGGGGCCGCCGAUUCACGGUCGGUUCGAAUGAGACUAUUUCUCAGAAGAUUGACCGCAUUGCCCAAAGCCACCCGGAUCUUAUUGCCAUCAAAGACGGGGAGAGGGCUUACACGUAUCGAGAUAUGAUGCAAAGAGUCGACAGCAUCGCGGCAUCUCUAGGAGCCGCUGGUGUUCCUAGGGGCACAGCGCCUUCCUACUGCCUGUUGAUCGAGCCCUCCGCUGACUAUGUUUUUGCCUACCUCGCAGUCUUGAAGCUUGGGGCCGUCGUUGUCUCCCUCGAUACAACGAACCACCGAGAGAGGAUAGCUCUGGUUGUCAGUGACGGCAAGCCACGGGCAAUCAUCCACUGUAAAGCCACGACCGAUCUCGCCCAGUGGCUGGGGCAGUCUCAGCGUGGUGUUUCGGUCAUGGACAUCUCUUCAAUUCAGGUUCGAGAAGAUCAGCAUGAAGUUCGCAACUUAUCCGAUCCUCAAGCGCCAGCCGUGCUUUUCUAUACAAGCGGAACCACCGGGGUGCCAAAGGGAGCCAUCAUCAGACACGGAAACUACACCAACCUGAUCGAAGCGGCAUCUCGCAGGCUCCAGGUACGGCCACAGAAGGAGGUUGUCCUCCAACAAACCGGCGUCGGCUUCGAUCUCUGCGUGUUUGAGAUUUUCACGGCUCUCUCCAACGCGGGCAGUCUCGUAAUGGCUUCCAGUGAUCAACGCAGAGACCCGUCAGCAAUCGCCAGCCUCAUCAAGAACGAGAAGGUAACCUUCAUGGCGGGCACGCCCGUCGAGUUCAAGACUAUCUUUCAACACGCUGCGGAAACGCUCAAGACCUGCACGGACUUCCGCACAGCCGUCGUCGGAGGCGAGAUCUUCACGACCCAGCUGGCGGCCCAGUUCAAGCAGGCGAUGCCGCCGGGUGCUCGGGUCUUUAACGUGUACGGGACGACAGAGUGCUGCGUCUUCAGCACCGUUGAAAGCGUCGACUACUUGACGGACGGCGUAGCUGUAACCACGGGUACUGCUCUGGACAAUGUUUCAAUCUACGUCGUCGACGACGAGAUGAACCCAGUGCCCAACGGCUGCGCCGGAGAAGUCUGCAUCGGGGGCGCAAGCGUCGCCCAGGGAUACCUUGACCGCCCGGAGCUCACCGCCAGGGCUUUCGUUGCGGACCCCUUUGCCACCGCGGAGGACCGGAGGAACGGCUGGAGUACGAUGUACCGUACUGGCGAUUCGGGGUAUCUGAAGGCCGACGGUUCGCUCGUCGUUCUCGGCCGCAUCAACGGCGACAGCCAGGUCAAGAUCAGAGGCAUGCGCAUCGAGCUCGAGGACGUCGCGUCCAACAUCCUCAAGACCUCCAACGGAAAGCUCUCCGAGGCUGUGGUGACCGUGCGCGGGAACGAAAAGACGUUGGUUGCGUUUGCCGUGAUCGCGGCCGGGGCCCGGGGCAAGGAGGGCAUCCACGAGCAUCUCCGGUCGCUCCCGGCAAGCCUCCCGCUUCCCGAGUACAUGCGACCUUCGGUAAUCAUUCCGGUCGAGCAGCUUCCCAUGACUCACAACGGGAAGCUGGACCGGGUCGCGUUGAGCAAGAUACCGAUCCCGGCCCAGACUGAAGAAAGCCGGCGGGAGACGCCCCUGACGUCGCUCGAGCGCGAUCUGAGUCGGGUCUGGGAAAAGGUGCUCCCCGACACCAUUUCCCGGCCCGCCGACAUCCUCCCCAGCUCCGACUUCUUCCAGCUGGGGGGGAACUCGCUACUGCUAGUGAAGCUAAAAAAGGAGGUCCAGAAGCGGUGGGGCGUCUCCGUUCCGGUACUCCAGCUGUUCGAGGGAAGCACCCUGCGGUCAAUGGCGGCCACGAUCCGAGGCGCCAAGGAAGCUCAAAACGAGGGCAUUGACUGGGAGUUCUGGGACGAGCAAACCCGUUUCGACGUUGGUGUAGCUACCGAUGUGUUGGACACUACCACCCCGUCUCACGUCGUCCCGGAGAAAGACAGAACCGUCAUUCUGACAGGCGGCGGCGGCAAGGGACUGGGAUCGUGGCUCCUGCGGCUGCUUCUAGACGACUCAUCGGUUGGCAAAGUCCACUGCGUGGCCAUCGGCGAGGAGCAGGUUGCCCAGCUUCCGUCCAGCGAAAAGCUCGUGGUCCACGUCGGGAGCCUUGCGGAACCGGGGUUUGGCCUUUCGGGCGAGACGCAGCAGGCCUUGCAGAGAGACGCGGACAUCAUCAUCCACGCCGGUGCCGAGGGCUCUUGUCUCAACAACUACGACUCCAUCCGCGCCCAGAACGUCGAGUCGACAAAGUUCCUGGCACGCCUGGCUCUGGCUAAAAAGGUACCGUUCCACUACAUUUCUAGCCCCCGCGUCGUCCUGUUCAGCGGGCACAACGCGUACCACGAGCGGCUCAUCUCGGCUCACUACCCUCCCGCGGAUCUCGGCCGGGAAGGCUUCACCUCGACGAAAUGGGCCAGCGAGGCCUUCCUCGAGAAGUGCGCGGCCGCCACCGGCCUGCCCGUGUCGAUCCACCGCGCGGGCUACCUCAUGUCCGAGGACGCCGACGAGAUGGACGCGGUCAACAUGAUCCACAAGUACUCGGCCGUCCUCAAGGCGGUCCCGUCCCUAGCCGCGUUUUCCGGCUUCUUGGACAUGUGUAAGCUGCCGACGACGGCGGAGGCAGUCUUGGAGUCGCUGAAGGGCGAUGACGCCGCCGUCGGGGUGUCGUACGGCGCGAUCAGGAUCAUCCACCACACCGACGGCAACGUGGUCCCGGUGCGCGAGUUCCGCGAAUACAUGGAGGCUCGAUUCGGCCACCCUUUCGCCAGCCUAGGCAUGGUUGAGUGGGCGGCCAAGGCCGAGGAGAAGGGAAUGAGCCCUGUGUUGGCUGCUUUCCUGGAAGCCGUGGCCGAGAGGAGCGGCGAAGCACGCUAUCCCAAACUCUUGCGCGGGAGUGGGCAGGAGGACUCUGCGAACACAGAUCCUGUGUCUAAAGCUCUCUUGAGGCUUACCUAG